CUCUUUCAUAUAUUUUUCUUUACAUAAUUUCAAUAUAGAUCUAAUCUUUAAAAAUGAGCAAAAAGAAGUUUGCUACUUCUCCAUUUUAUUCUAGUGUACCUUUCGCCGAAGUAAUUUCCUGUUACUCUAAAUGCACGGAAUGCGACAGACUAAUUUAUCAAUAAGUUAUUAUUAUUAUAUAUAUUUUUUUAUGUGUAUUAGUUAUUAUUCUGUAGUUAAAAAGAAGUUUCCUUCUUCUGCAUUUUAUUUUAGUGUACCUUUCACCGUAAUUAGAUAGUAAUUUCCUGCUACACUAAAUGCCAGGGAAUGAGACAGACUAAAUUAUUAGAAAAUAGAUCAAACCUUAUAGAUUCAAGUGUUCCUUUAAAUUCUUCACACAAUCGCAAGCUUUUUUUUUUCUUUGUUUUUGUUCCCAAUGGCUUCCACGAGCACACACACUGUGUGUUUGUCUUCUAACCCUGUCCCUGGGUGGAAUUACGAUGUAUUCCUGAGCUUUAGAGGUGAAGACACUCGCAAGAACUUUGUGGACCACCUGUUCGAUGCUUUGUCUCAGAGAGGAAUCUACACCUUCAAAGACGACGAACAACUCAGACGAGGAGAGGAAAUUUCACCAGCCCUACUGAAAGCGAUCGAAGAAUCUAGAUUCGCUCUCAUAGUUUUCUCCAAAAACUAUGCUUCCUCCAAGUGGUGUUUGGAUGAACUUGUGAAAAUUGUUGAAUGCAAGAAAACGAUGGGUCAAACAGUGAUACCAGUGUUCUAUGAUGUCGGUCCUUCGGAAGUAAGGAAACAAACAGGGAUUUUUGGAUCAGCCUUUGAGAUUCAUGAGAAAGAUUUCAGUGGGAACAUGGAGGAAGUGCAGAGGUGGAAGACUGCCCUGGUGGAAGCAGCAAAUAUAAGCGGAUACAGCGUUUCGGAUACAGCAAACGGGUAAUUACAACAAAUUUAGCGCAUUUGUAUUUCAUUCACUUCUCUCGUAAUUAAUUAUAUUGUAUUUUGGAUAAUUAAAAAAAAAAUUGCGUGUGUUCCUUCCACCAUGUCUCAUCAGACCGUAAACAUUUUUAUUUAUAGAUAAAA